UCAAAUUUUGAGGCCAAUAGGGGAUGGAAAAAAAAAAAAAAAAAAAAAAAAAAAGUUAGGGCAAGUUUCAGACGACACAAUCUGCUUCGACACUCCGCAGGGCGCAGCCUCCGCUAUCGCCUCAGCUGACAAGCAAUCUGUCUGCUAUCAUGUUUUUGACAAGAGUUCUCGGGAGGACGCUCUUUGCUGCAGCCAAAUCAGAAUCUUCUGCUGCGUCAGCUGCUGCUUCUACAGUUAAGACUGGAUACAAUCCUCUAGAAGAGUUUUUUGAGGCAGACAGGAGUCCGGAUGAGGACAAACCUAUGGUUUACGGUCGAGGUUGGAAGGCUUCUGAGCUGCGUCUUAAGUCUUGGGAUGAUCUAAACAAGUUAUGGUAUGUCCUUCUGAAGGAAAAGAACUUGUUGAUGACUCAACGCCAGAUGCUUCAUUCACAGAACCUACAGUUUCCUAACCCAGAGCGUAUACCCAAGGUGAGGAAGUCAAUGUGCCGAAUCAAGCACGUUCUUACUGAGAGAGCAAUUGAAGAGCCAGAUCCAAGGAGGUCCGCUGCAAUGAAGAGGAUGAUAAAUGAUUUAUGAUGACAACCAUCUUGAUCAUCUGUUUCCAUGAGUACUGAUCAGGUUCUUUUGGUUGACAUUGAUUAUGCCUUUAUGUUUCUUUUUUCCUGAGUGUGGCGUCUAUGGCUGCAUGUACCAGUCUGUUAAUUUACAAUGAUGGCUCUUUUUAUCAGGAAGAUCUGUAACUUAAAGCAAAAAUGAUCAAUCAAAUCAUAAGACAGGUGGCAUACAUGAAUGGUGCCACCUGGAAACACCGAUACAUGUUUGAAUGCUUUUGAUGCUCUUGUACACGUUGAUCUAUUAAUCUUCUUGCAUAAA